AUGACUCGAAUUACGCAUCCUCACCUGUCGAACCAAAUAGAGAAACAUGGAGAAGAGAACAAGGUUGAUGCUACUUUGUUAAAACAAAUUGUGGGAUCUUUGAGAUAUGUGUGCAACAGUCGACCAGAUAUAUGUUUCGCAAUCGGAUUAGUGAGCAGAUACAGGAGUGAACCAAGUGUGUCACACGUGAAUGUUGCAAGAAGAAUUCUGAGAUAUUUAAAAGGAUCGAUAAAUUAUGAAAAUAUAUUUCGACGAGACUCUGAAAGCAAAGAAGUUGUGAUUAAUUUCUAUUUAUAUGUUGAUUGCUGUGGAGAUGAGGAAGAUCGAAGAAGCACAACUAGUUAUUUCUUUCAAGUCUUAGGUGACCCAAUCUCAUGGUGUUCGAGAAAGCAACAUGUGGUGGCAUUGCCAUUGUGUGAGGCUGAAUAUAUAGUAGGAUCAUAUGUUGUGCGUCAAGCAAUAUGGAUCAAAUAUGUGUUGGAAGAGAUUGAGGUCGAAGUGAAGAAAUUCUGGCGUUACAGAUCAAUAACAAAUCAGUCAUUAAUCUUGCAAAGAAUUCAGUUUUGCAUGGAAGAAGUAAGCAAAUCGAAGGAGAAGGUAAAUGAAGGUGAUUGA